AAGAAAGGACACCGGCCUUUUUCUCUAUAAAGAGAAAAAUCUCCAAAAGGCAAUGAGAGAAAUGUGAAGCUGCUUCACAGUCCUUUGCUUGCGUCUUCCACUCAAGUAGAAAGAAAUCAGAAGAAAACCCAUCAAUGGCUUCUUCAACAUCUCUUUUCCUCCUCCUCCCUCUCCUUCUUCUUCUCUCCCACGCUUCAGCUUCAACGGUCAUAUUCUACAACAAGUGCACAUACCCAGUCUGGCCUGGGAUCCAAGCUAGCUCCGGUCAACCGCUCCUCGCCGGUGGCGGAUUUAAACUCUCUCCCAAAAGAGCUUACACUCUCCAACUUCCACCUCUCUGGUCCGGUCGCUUCUGGGGACGCCACGGUUGCUCCUUCGACAGAUCUGGCCGUGGUCACUGCGCCACCGGAGACUGCGGUGGUUCUCUCCUCUGUAACGGAGCUGGCGGUGUACCUCCGGCUACACUCGCCGAGAUCACCCUCGGUCAUGACAUGGACUUUUAUGACGUCAGCCUCGUUGAUGGAUACAACUUGGCGAUGUCUAUAAUGCCUGUGAAGGGUACGGGAAAGUGUACCUACGCUGGUUGCGUAAGCGAUCUGAACCGGAUGUGUCCAGUUGGUCUACAGGUCCGUUCACGUGACAGGAAACAGGUAGUAGCCUGUAAAAGCGCGUGCUCUGCCUUUAACUCACCACGCUACUGUUGUACCGGCUUGUUCGGUAACCCACAGUCAUGUAAGCCUACGGCUUACUCUAAGAUCUUCAAGGUAGCUUGCCCAAAGGCCUACUCAUACGCCUACGAUGACCCGACCAGCAUUGCUACGUGUUCUAAAGCUAACUACGUCGUCACUUUUUGCCCUCACCACGGCCGUUGAUUGAAAUCUCACUUUUAAAUUAUUUUAUAUGAAUAAUUUUACAUGAUUGGUUUAGUAUGUACGAGGUUCUAGUGAGAGUUAUCGAGACCUUUGUUCUGUCGCUUAAUGUUCUCACUCGUUCGAUGAUCUUAGAUUUCAUGCAUUGUUAUAUGCGUUUAAUAAAUUAAGUGAUGUCCAAUUAGUUGGACGGUUGGACC